CUGACACUCCCAGCACUCGCACGCUCCAAGGCCUCACUCACCAGCGACACCCCGAAUCCAGCGGCGUAUGGCCUCCUCCACGAUGCCGCGCCGCGUCGCGCUGCUCCUGCUCCUCCUGGCAUCCACGCGCGCGGCGUCCGCGGCCGGCGCCGGCGCCUGCGCGGCCGAGAAGUUCCCGGCGGGGAAGACGUACGCCAAGUGCGAGGACCUCCCGCAGCUGGGCGCCGCGCUGCACUGGACCUACGACGAGGCCAAGUCGUCGCUCUCGCUGGCCUUCGUGGCGGCGCCGGCGGGGGCCAACGGGUGGGUGGCCUGGGCGCUGAACCCCACCGGCGAGGGCAUGGCCGGCGCGCAGGCGCUCGUGGCGCUCAAGGGCUCCGGCUCCGCCGCGCCCACCGUCAGGACCUACAACAUCACCGGCUACGUGCCGCUCGGCAAGGCCUCCACGCCCAUCGCGUUCCCGGCCACCGACCUCGCCGCCGACUCCGGCAGCGCCGGCAAGAUCCGGCUCUACGGCAAGCUGCAGCUGCACGGCGGGAUGAAGGCCGUGAACCACAUAUGGCAGGUCGGCACCUCCGUCACCGCCGGGGCCCCCGACAAGCACGCCUUCGCCGCCGGCAACCUCGCCUCCAAGUCCAAGCUCGUCCUCUCGGGCAAAGCGGCCUCCGCGACCUCGCCUUCGCCGGCGCCCGCCCCCAUGGCCGGCGGCCCGUCCGGAUCGGCCGGCAGCGACGGCGGCGCGGCGGCGACCACGGCGCCUUCCGCCGGCAAGUCCCCGUCGGGCGCGGCCGCGGCCGGCGUGUCGGCGCCGGCACUCCUCGUGCUCGCGUUGAUGGGCCUCCUCGCGGUAGUAUGAUGGCAUACAAUAUAUUUGUUCCAUUUUUGUCGAUCGAUCUUGCUGCCUAUUCUUUUUCCUAAUUUCGUUUGAAAUAAAAGAUGGUUGGUGUACGGAGCUGUUGUUUUUAGGUAUAUCGAGCUGUUGUUUUUGGGUAGACGUACGUAGUACGUAGUAUGUACUGCUAGCAGUCGGUGAUUAUUGUAGUGCUAUUGUGGUCGACAUGUCACUGAAUUUAUCAUAUGACUGAUAUAUUUUUUAUCAUCA